CUUGAUAGCAGGAAAGUAUCAUAAAACUAGCAUAUAGGUCUAGUAUUGAAUUAAGCUAAGUAAGGUAACUGGAAUUUCCCCUAUCCUAGAUGUUUGUUCUUUGUUCUUUUGAUCUACUAUUGCAGUUUUAUUUAAGAAUAUAUUUACAUUUUGUCUCACUUUUCCCUUUAACAUUAGGGUAAAUCAAUUAGAAAUCGGGAAGGGAAAGUUCUGAAUUUGGAUUGAGGUUGGCUUUUGAUUUUUUUUAAUAAUUGACAUUUCAGUGCAUGUACCGGUGCAAAGUGAGAACUAGUGGCAGUGAACGACAGGGGCCGAGGGGGCGAGUCGAUAUAACGAUUGGCAGAGACUGCUAGCCACGGUGAGCAAACAGUUCCCCAGGGAUGUCCGACUGCUAGUUUUCCUCCGUCGAGAAAGACGGAAAUGUCGACAAUGAAUUCGUCGAAUUGCUGGGAUGAGUGAUGGCGUCUUCCAAAUCGUGACAUAAAUGAGAUUGGACCCGACUGUGAAGACUCAUCCGGGAAGGCCGAGCGUACAACAAUGCUGGGGUACUGAGGACGGAAGAUGCCCGAAGGCUACGGCACGUAGGAAGCAAGACGCAUCGGUGAUCGUCGCCGGGGUCGCUGUUGCUUCCAGCUGCCAGAUCGUUCUCCCCAUCUUCGGUGCACUCUUCUUCAUAGUCGGCACCGUACUUACAAUUGCUUCAUAUCGUGGGCCUGAAAAUGAUGAGGACCCAGAACAGUAUGCUGACAGGGUCAACCUUACUAGCAACUUGCGGGUCUUAGGACCCUGUUGUCUGGCCAUAGGGUUGGCCAUGCUAUUAGCUGGGCUCGGGCUCUUUCUUCUUGCAAGGAGGAACAAGAACAAAAGCCUCACAUUCCAUUGUCCACUACAUGGUGAUUUCUACCCCAUAUCGUCUAGUCAUGCACAUAUCCUAUCGCUGAGCAAAAGGAGCUCCCUGGUUUGUGGGCAGCAGUUGGAGAAUGGAGAUAAUUUUCCUACUCCGCAAUGUCCACACAGUAACAGGAGCUCUCUCAGUUAUGGCCCACCCCCUCAGUCUUCACCAUUGCCACCUGUAACUACCCACAACACGAGUGGGUUUCUCACUCCAACCAACCUGACAAUGGGAGAAAAUUCAGGAUCUACCCAGUCGCUAGCGAUAAGUUAUGAUGUAGCUAGCUUUCCUCAUUCCAGGAGCUCUUCACCAACAGCCCACAUUGAACAGGAUAAGCGUAAUGAAACAAAUGAUGAACAGUAAUCUUAAACUUAGUGCUCAAAAUGUUUUUCUAAAACUUGGUUGAAUGGUUUUGAAUUUUUCACAGAAUAUUUCAUUAUUGUAACAUAGUCAUUAUCCAUGUUAAAGUUUUUUAAAACUGUACUAUUAAACAUGAAGUUUUGUGAUCUCAAUUAACAAAACUUUUUCAUGUAAAUCACCAGAUCACAAUUUAAAGAGUAGAUUUUGUUUUUAACUAUUUGUUAGAAAUAGAAAUUAUGAAUGAUGGAGUGAGUGCGGUGAUCAGUCCUUUUU